CAUUCAGUUGGGUGUUGGUCAAUUAGUGUUUUGGUGGCCGCAUAUUGUCUGGUUUUGGUGGCCGCGUGUAUGUGGAUGGAUUGUCACGGCCAUCAAGGGUUGCUGUGUCCUCUGCAGCUGGUGGCUUGCCACCAUCCAAGAACAAUGAAUGCAAAAGAUGGGUUAUCACCUCUUGAAAUGAGAGAACUCUGGUGCUUCUCCCUUUCUCCUCCAAGUCCCUCCCCUUUCACCAAAAAAUCCAAAAUGGUAUCAGAGCUUCAAUAAUCUAGAGGGACCUCUGAGUGUGAGUUUGAGUGAACACCAAAAAAAAAAAAAAAAAAACCCCACCUUUCUUUGUUUUUUAGAUGGUUUUUCAUGUGAAACCCCUCUUGCUUGGCCAAAAUCUUACAGCAAAAAAAGACUGUGAAGAUGGAGGCAUAUGUUAGUCUCACCAUGGGAGAUGUCAAGGAGAGGAAAACUGGAUUCAAAGAGAAGGUGUUCAUGUUUGUUUCAAAAAACAGUCCAUAAGGCAAAACAUGGUUGAUGGAAUGGGAAACUGAACACAAAAAAAUUAAUUUCAUUUCAUGAU